AUGCAUGCUAGGAUUUCGUUUAAGGGCAUCGGCAGCCUGUUCAGUGCGCUGAAGGUGGUACGCCUGCUGCGGCUGGGCCGCGUGGUGCGGAAGCUCGACCGCUACCUGGAGUACGGCGCGGCCAUGUUGAUAUUGCUGCUGUGCUUCUACAUGCUGGUGGCGCACUGGCUCGCGUGCAUCUGGUACUCGAUCGGGCGGUCGGACGCGGACAACGGCGUCCAGUUCUCGUGGCUGUGGAAGCUGGCCAACGUCACGCAGACGCCCUACUCCUACGUCUGGAGCAACGACUCCGGCUCCCCGGAGCUCGUCAACGGGCCGUCGCGCAAGACCAUGUACGUGACGGCGCUCUACUUCACCAUGACCUGCAUGACCAGCGUCGGGUUCGGCAACGUCGCCGCCGAGACCGACAACGAGAAGAUCUUCACCAUCUGCAUGAUGAUCAUCGCCGCGCUGCUGUACGCCACCAUCUUCGGUCACGUGACGACCAUCAUCCAGCAGAUGACGUCGGCGACGGCCAAGUACCACGACAUGCUGAACAACGUGCGGGAGUUCAUGAAGCUGCACGAGGUGCCCAAGGCGCUGAGCGAGCGCGUCAUGGACUACGUCGUCUCCACCUGGGCCAUGACCAAGGGGCUGGACACCGACAAGGUGAAUCAGGUGCUCAACUACUGCCCGAAGGACAUGAAGGCGGACAUCUGCGUGCACCUGAACCGCAAGGUGUUCAACGAGCACCCCGCCUUCCGGCUGGCCAGCGACGGCUGCCUGCGAGCGCUCGCCAUGCACUUCACCAUGAGCCACUCGGCGCCGGGGGACCUGCUCUACCACACGGGCGAGUCCAUAGACUCGCUCUGCUUCAUCGUCACCGGCUCGCUCGAGGUCAUCCAGGACGACGAGGUCGUCGCCAUCCUCGGCAAGGGCGACGUGUUCGGCGACUCCUUCUGGAAGGACAGCGCAGUGGGGCAGUCGGCGGCCAACGUGCGGGCGCUGACGUACUGCGACCUGCACACCAUCAAGCGCGACAAGCUGCUGGAGGUGCUCGACUUCUACCAGGCGUUCGCCAACUCCUUCGCCCGCAACCUCGUGCUCACCUACAACCUCAGGCAUCGGCUGAUCUUCCGGAAGGUGGCGGACGUGCGCCGGGAGAAGGAGCUGGCCGAGCGGCGGAAGAACGAGCCGCAGCUGGACCAGAGCCAGGAUCACCUGGUGCGCAAGAUCUUCUCCAAGUUCCGCCGCGACCGCGCCGCUGCCCAGCACCAGCAGGCGCUGCCGCCUCCAUCGCCGACGACGACGGACGUGGAGAAGGGCGAGGGCGGCGUCACGACGCCCUCUGGGGACGCCUCCUGCUCGUCGCCGGCGCUGCGCGUCCCAAAGCUGUCCAGCGUCGCCGAGCGCCACGACUCCUCCUCCACCAACGCCGCCAGCUCCAGCAACACCAAUGGGGCCAAGCCGCACCGGCCCACCACCAUACGUGCCUCCAGGUGGGGACGCCUGCUGGGGUCCAGCGGCGGGAGUGUCGACUCGUCUGACGCGGGCAGUAGUUCGGCCGCAGCGGCGCUGAUGUCGCGCUCGCUGUCCAUCCGGGGUGACCACCACGGCGGAAGUGGCGCUGGCGGCGCGCAGGCCAAAAAUGGCGGCGCUUCCUCUUCUGGUGGGCCGCCCGGCUCGUCUUCCUCGCUCGGAGGCAACGGAGGCUCGGGGAAUAAGACAACAACAACAACAACAACAACAACAACGUCACUACCUGAACCGAUGACGAGGCAGGACACGAUGGAGGAAAUCGUCGAGAUCGAAGACCGUUACAACCGUCCAGGAAGCCUUCGUAAGGUGGAGUCGUGCGACAGCGGCAUGGUCCGCAGUGUGGAGCAGAGGCUGAACGACCCCCCACCCACGCCUCACCCCGUCGUCUCAGGGGUGGCCUCCAUGCUGCCUCCGGCAGAGUACAAGGACCUCGUGGCCAACAUCAUGGACUUCAAGGUCGACGUCAAACUCGAGGUCCAGCGGUUACACCAGAAGGUGGGCCGCAUGGAGGAGAUGCUGGCCGAGAUCGUGCAGAGGCUCGGCCCCGCCCCCACCCCCGCCCCCGCGCCGGAGGCGGCCCCCGACGCGGCGGCUGGAGGAGCGUCGGCGGCGGACGUGUCGCAGGUGAGCCUCCAGCCCAAGCCGCAGCAGCAGUCUGCCACGCCCACCUCGUCCUCGUCGUCUUCUGGCGGCGGCGGCGGGGGCGGAACCACCAUCCCGGUACCAGUCAGCGGGGGUGGAAACGGCGUGGGAGGCCUCGUUCUCAGGAAAAGAAGGUCCAAGUCCCGGAACAAGGGCGCUGCUCCCGGGGUGCCCACCUCGAGCUCGCCGAGGACUUCCCCGACGGAGACGACGAGGAUGCUGCCGCCCACGGAGGAGGCGGACUCGGGGGCCUCGUCCGAGGAGAAGAGGUCCUCGUACCGCCGCUCCAGGGAGUUCCUGUAG